ACCUCCUGCCUCGCGGAUGCCCAAGCCCGCCAGCAUGCUCACCCGCAUCCUGCUGCUCUUCGCCGCCGUGGCGCUCAGCCACGCAGCCAACCCUUGCUGUUCCAACCCAUGUCAAAACCAAGGCGUGUGUAUGACCAUGGGGUUUGACCAGUAUAAGUGCGACUGCACUAGGACGGGAUUCUACGGAGAAAACUGCUCGACGCCUGAGUUUCUGACCAGAAUCAAGCUGCUCCUGAAGCCCACUCCCAACACGGUGCACUACAUCCUCACCCACUUCAAGGCUGUCUGGAACAUCGUCAACAACAUCCCCUUCCUGCGGAAUUCCAUCAUGAGAUAUGUGCUGACGUCCAGAUCACAUCUGAUCGACAGUCCACCAACAUACAAUGUGCACUACGGCUACAAGAACUGGGAAGCCUUCUCCAAUCUGUCCUACUACACAAGAGCCUUGCCUCCCGUGGCUGACGACUGCCCAACCCCCGUGGGAGUGAAAGGGAAGAAGGAACUUCCUGACUCUAAGGAGCUUGUGGAGAAAGUUCUCCUGAGAAGAAAGUUCAUCCCUGACCCGCAGGGCACAAACAUGAUGUUCGCCUUCUUUGCUCAGCACUUCACCCACCAGUUUUUCAAGACGGAUCAGAAGCGGGGACCAGCUUUCACCAGAGGACUGGGGCACGGGGUGGACUUAAGCCAUAUUUAUGGUGAAACCCUUGACAGACAGCACAAGCUACGCCUCUUCAAGGACGGAAAGAUGAAAUACCAGGUCAUCGAUGGAGAAGUGUACCCUCCCACAGUCAGAGACACGCAGGCGGAGAUGUUCUACCCGCCCCACGUCCCUGAGCAGCUGCGCUUCGCUGUGGGCCAGGAAGUGUUUGGUCUGGUGCCUGGCCUGAUGAUGUACGCCACAAUCUGGUUACGGGAGCAUAACCGAGUGUGCGACGUGCUCAAGCAGGAGCAUCCCGAAUGGGACGACGAGCAGUUAUUCCAGACAAGCAGGCUGAUACUGAUAGGAGAGACCAUCAAGAUUGUGAUUGAAGACUACGUGCAGCACUUGAGCGGCUAUCACUUCAAACUCAAGUUUGACCCAGAGCUGCUUUUCAGCCAGCAGUUCCAGUACCAGAACCGGAUUGCCUCUGAGUUCAACACACUCUAUCACUGGCAUCCACUCCUGCCCGAUGCCUUUCACAUUGAUGACCAGAAGUACAACUAUCAACAGUUUCUCUACAACAACUCCAUCCUGCUGGAGCACGGACUUACGCAGUUUGUCCAGUCAUUCACCAAGCAGAUAGCUGGCAGGGUUGCUGGUGGGAGGAACAUUCCACCUGCAGUACAGAAAGUAGCAAAGGCCUCCAUUGAUCAAAGCAGACAGAUGAAAUACCAGUCUUUCAACGAGUACCGCAAGCGCUUCUAUCUGAAGCCCUAUGAGUCCUUCGAGGAACUCACAGGAGAGAAGGAGAUGGCUGCGGAGUUGGAGGCGCUUUAUGGCGACAUUGAUGCAGUGGAGCUGUACCCUGCCCUUCUGGUGGAAAGACCUCGUCCAGACGCCAUCUUUGGGGAGACCAUGGUAGAAAUGGGGGCUCCAUUCUCCCUGAAAGGCCUCAUGGGUAAUCCUAUCUGUUCCCCUAACUACUGGAAGCCAAGCACGUUUGGUGGAGAAGUGGGCUUCAAAAUUGUCAACACUGCCUCCAUUCAGAGCCUCAUCUGCAACAAUGUGAAGGGCUGUCCCUUUACUUCAUUCAAUGUUCCAGACCCCCAGCUCACCAAGGCGGUCACCAUCAACGCGAGCUCCUCCCACUCCAGGCUCGAAGACAUCAACCCCACAGUCCUGCUGAAGGAACGAUCCACCGAACUGUAAAGUCUACUGAGCGUAUUUAUUUAUUUAUGAACCAGUUCUCUUAACUUAAUUAUUUAAUAAUAUUUAUAGUCAACCCUCAUGUUACCUAACAUCUUCUGUAACAGAAGGCAGUACUCUUACUGCAGAGAGAGAGUUCAUACUUGUGAAAACAUUUGUCUCACUACCUUAAAGACACAUUUUCUGCAAGUUUUCAUUCUUUUUGUAAACCAGUGGUAAAUGAAUUUUUGACACCUUUUUACUUGAAUUUAAAUCUCUAUUAUGCUAGAGUAGGGACAAAAGCAAAGAUGUUUGAACAC